UGAGACAUGAAGUCAAUGCUCACCAAAAUGAAAGGCACGCUUGGGUCCGCACGUGAGGCAUACUCGCCCUGGCCUAGGUGUCCGACGUAUCGAAGGUAUUAUGGGUAUUUAAACGUUACUCCGCUUCCAGUGUACACUCCACGAAUAGCUUGAUGACCACUCGCUUCGAGGGAACCGGUCACUGGAUCCACCCUCGAGAUCCUGUUUCCCCGAUCUCCCACCUAUCUACUGUGGGUAUUCUCCCAGCGCUGCGUUUGGACAGCUUCGGCCAAUAUAUUGGUCACAAGAAUGACGGCGCCUCCACCAGCCGUUGCUCUGUUGACUCUACCUAAGGUCGUCUCCAGCCCAGCCUAUCCAAACGCUCUUCCGUUCCUGACAAGCCUGCCGGCGGAGCUCGAGACCAUGAUAUACCAAAUCUUGUUCAGCGCCGAGGAACCCAUCACUCUUGCCGAACGCCAGCUUGACGAGAACGAGAAGCAUAAGCUCCAUCCGGUCAUGCCUUGCCUCCGCACUUAUCGCCAAAUCUACUCGGAAGCGAUUUCAAUUCUCUACAUUGAUAACACUUGGAUGUUCACUCGGCCAUCGAACUUUUGUGAUCAGGAUUGUCAUCCGACGGACUGUAUCUCGACUUGGAUAGAAGAAGUCGAAUCAAACAUGAACCUGAUCAAGCGAGUCAUCGUUGAUGUCGGCCGUACGUGUCCUAGUAGGUGCAGACGCUCAGUGUCUAUAUACGACAUGAUUCUGCUGGCAAAGAUGGAUUGGACGAACGCACGUCAGGCUGGCGAGGACAUUGAGUUCGAGAUCACCUUCGAAGAUCGUGGAGGGCACCUCGGCGAUCCCUUGCACCGCGACAUUGCGCCGAGUCUAAGUCCGCUAUCAGAAGCCGACUUCCUCAAUAACGUAUUCAGAAGCCUCGUGAUCGAGAACUCACUGUACUUGUUUCAGUACAAUCGGUUCGAGAAGGUUCUUGACACGGUCAAGCUCGACGUCUUAGCACAGUGCUGCGUGGCCUAUAAGACCCUCUUCCGCAAUUCCAGCUCUGAAGAAAAAGUCAAGAUUGACCUACAUCUACUUUUCCAGCGCGCCUUCUUGGCCCUGACAGAUUCGUUCUUCGCAUCUCCGACUAUGAAGUACCAUCCAAAGCUCGACAUUUGGAUAAAUGGAAUGGAUUAGGUUCUGGGUUUGGCAACUUGAAGACGAUUGGCACCGAUGACCUGUCCUUCAGCCCUAGUGUCAAUGAGAGCCUCAGCCCUGCUUCUGUUUCGGAUCUCUGUAGCCUACAGAAACAGCGUCUCCUGGAUCUGAUUUCCAAGGAGUUGGAUAUU